AUGACCACCAGCAGUACGCCAGAGGCAGCUUCGGAGGUCCACAUACAACUCGGACUUCGAGAACUUCCUCGCGGGCGGGCAGCGUAUCAACAGGGUAUCCCCUGUUCUCUUCGGUCGGCGCUUUCUUUGAUGCCGUGCUACUCAAAAUCCGCGGGAGCGGGAGGGCGGACGGGCAAACAAUCAAACUCUUCCAGAAGCGAAAAGGCAGCGCAGGUAAGGCAGUUUCAGGACUUUAUCUAACUGGCUCGCAUCGUUCAUGAAAAGCGAGAAUUCGCGCUAGCGAACUUGGUUCGUUCUACUUUGAUUUUGCUGCUGUUUCGAGCAUACGCUUUUUAUGAUGAUGCUUGAACUUAUCGUCAUCGCAUAUAUACUUCGGAUUCGCAGACUCGGUGCGCUCCUUCGGGGCAGGGGACUCCGGAACAUCAAGCGCAGACACCAGUAAGCAAAGUGACUCUUUCGACAUACCGCUGCCGCGUCUGCUGCGCGGAAACGGGCUUGACUGCGCGACGGUGA